CAUAUUCUUGUGGCAAGUAACUUGGUAGCUAUAAGCUAACGUUAGCACUUUGACACUCUGAGAACAAAGGUGUAUGAUACAAACUUACGAUGCAGAAUCACUGUGCUGCACCGAAAUGUACGAGUGGCAAGUCCGACCAUCAGCCACUCUUCAGGUUUCCUCGUGACGCAGAAAGGUCCAAGACGUGGGCUGAGAAAUGUCAGAGGAAAGACCUCAUAGACAAAUCGCCGGAGCAGCUGCACAGAUACUACAGACUGUGUGGAAAACAUUUUGACUCGUCUCUGAUUGAUAGUGAUGCUCAGAAUAAAGUGUUAAAGGAUAAUGCCAUACCAACUGUCUUUGAUAUGCCAAGCCAACCUCAAACUGGUCAGAUGAAGCGCACCAAAGAGCAGACCAACAAUGAUGAAAUGGAGAGCAAGGAAAGAAAAAAAGUGAAGAAAUCUCAAGCAGACGCCGAUAAGGAAGAUGUCCCAACUGUUUCAGAGGAAGAGAAUAACAGAGAGUAUCUCAAGUCAUUAUUUGAAGUUCUUGUUCUGUUGGGAGAGCAAAGCAUUCCUCCUUCAGGGCCUGGUGAUGUAAAACAGGAUGGUCUUAAGUCAAGCAACUUUCAGGCAUUGUUAGAAUAUCGCAUGACGUGUGGGGAUGAUGUCCUCAAGAAGAGGUACGAGGAGAAUACGGAGUGCUGCUCUCCAGCUCAGCUGAAUCAGGUGAUUGAGGUGUGUGAGAAAUGGAUCCGCAGCAAGCUGGUGGAAGAAGUUAAGCAACACGGCUGUUUCUCAUUAAUCACUGAUGAUUUGGUGAAGAUCUCAGGAGACUGGUACCUGCCUGUGUUUGUCCGGUUUAUGGACCAGUCUAACCGCCAGUGGGAGAGGUUUUUUGGAUUCCUGAGCUUUGAAGGUGAUGGAGAUACCCUGGCAGAGACACUUGUGUCUGAAAUGACUGACAAAUGGGGCCUGGAUAUGGAACAGUGCAGAGGCCAAGCCCAUUCCUACACUGGGAUACAUUUUAGAAAGAUAAAAGCAUUUUCGGCCAAAGUGAUUGAGAAGUAUCCAAUGGCAGUACUAACACUGAGAUCCACUAGUUUACUGAACAUGUCACUUGCCGAUGGUAUGCCUUUGUCAGGGGUUCAGCUUGUCAUGUCCACCUUGAAGAAGAUAGAGUCGUUCUUCAGUCAGUCCCAAUUACUGCAACUGGAGUUGGAAAACACCAUUUCAAUGUUAUACCAGGACAAAGAGGACAGAGCCAAUGAACUGAAGGAGAUCUGUCGUACCAGCUGGACCAGACAACAUGAUGCAUUUGAGGUGGCCGUGGACAUCCUAGAGGCACUGCUGCUCUGUGUGGAAAGUGUGCAUGAUAAUGAAGAGAUAAAGUGGAGCGAUCUAGUCGCACAUGAUGCCUUAGAGAUUUCAAAAGCACUGACCGAUUUUGAGUUUGUCAUGGCAUUGGUCGUGCUCAAAAACACAAUGACACUUACUCUGGCAUUUGGGAAGAAUAUGCAAGGGAAAGAAUCAGAUGUCCAUUUCGCUGCAACCAGUUUAAAUGCUGUACUGCACUCACUGAAGGAAGUGUCAGACAACAUCGAUGUAUAUCAUGAGUUCUGGAAUGACGAGGCAGUUAAUCUAGCCACUGCCAUGGACAUCCCAGUAAAGCUUCCUCGGUCACACUUGAGAAAGCAUCCAUCAGACUUUGGAACCACCCAACCAGAUAGUUACUACAAGAAUCACCUGUCUGUUCCUAUGGUGAACCACAUCAUCCAAGAAGUUAAUGAGCUCUUCAGUGAGGACCACCUGAAGUUCCUGAGAGGUCUGUCACUAGUCCCUGCCCUCAUCGAGCAACAGAAGUCUAGUGAACCUGAAGAGGAGAGCAUACAGGUGUUUAAAAAUUACAUCCCAAAUGCAGCAACCCUAUCUGCUGAGCUCCACUGUUGGUGGGUUAAAUGGAGCAAAAAGGUCAAAGGUGAAACAAUACCUUCCAAUCUCCAUGAAACACUGCAGCUGGCAGACGUGAAGUUCUUUCCAAACAUGCUUGCUGUCCUGAGAUUAAUCGGUAUUCUGCCAACCUUGGCUCUGGAGGACAGCCGCAAUGUAGCCUAUAAGCGCUUCAAAAUGUAUAUGGAGAACACCCCUGACCAAUUCAAAUCAAAAAGUCUUGCACUUUUAAACAUGAACUAUGAUGUUGAGUUUGAUCUGGAUUCAAUGGUUGAGAGCUAUAUGAAAACAUACCCUGACAGAGAAGAAAAUCAGGUGUGAUAUUGUACUUUCUGGAUAGAUAAUCCGUAUCUUGGCUCAUAAUGUACAGAUUGUGUAUGUCUGUCUUUGUCUUUUGCCCUUAUGUUAAUUUUCUUUAAUAAAAUGUAGAAUCUAAAUGAAUAAAGGGGACAACUGGACCAAAAAACAUUUAUUUUGUCUCCAUUGGUUCUAAAGGAAUUGUGUUAUAGACUGGGUUUAGAGUUAUGUACAUUUUCAAAGUAUGUGUGCGUCACCUAAUGGUAUUUAAUAAAGUGGGUAAGGGGGAACAGAUCAACCAUAAAUCUCUCCUUUACAUGAAAAUAAAUAAAAUACAUUCUUUGGUUGAAUAACUUCAUACAUUUGUACUUCAUGGAUUUCAUGAUUUAAAUUGACCCUGUUCUAAAAUAAUCAAAGCUAGUGCUAAUGUAAAGCAGCAUGACACUGAAAUUCUCCUGUAAAUAAAUAGCCCUGAAUUUUUCACCACUGCCCUGCGUCUCACCAUCCAUCUUCCUCUUUGGCAGCUGCAUCUGUGAAUGCAGUGUGAGCCCUGUUGGUAAACAGCUGAGUCACAAGCUGCUCUGAAGGUCAGAUUUCCAGUGUGGUGCUUUGUUUUGAUUAAAUCUGAUGCGAUCGAAGACUCACAUCACUUGAUCCAUGUACAAUGUUUGCAUUACAAUGAACUGCCUGAAUAAAAAAAAGAUAUUUGA